CAGUAGUACUUUUUAUUUCGAAAAUCUAAUCCAAACUCGCUAACUGUUUCCCUCCCCGCUCUCCCGCUACCAUGACCACCACCACCACCCUCUUCCUCUCCCCACCAUUAUUCACCCCAAAAUUUCACUCAUCCCUCUUCCUCAACCACUCCUUCCUUCCUAUCCCGUCUCUCAAAGCCAAACCCCUCCAUUCCCCCUUAACCCCAACCAUUAAACCCUCCUUCCUCGUGCGGGUAGACGACGGCGAUGCCGACGGGGGAGGACCCGACGACUACGACAUGGAAGAAGAAGUCGAAGAACUCGACAACAAGAAAGACUUCGACGUCGAAUACGACCCUUUAGCCACCGCCUCUGUUGCUAGUGCCUCUUCUACUACUGUUGACGUGGACAUUACAAUUACUGAAAGCAAGAGCUUUGUGUCGACUCAAGGGUGGGACUCGGAGAUGGUGGUGGAUUAUAGGAUAAAUGAGGAGGAGUUUCAUAAAAUUAGCUUGUUGGAUUGUGAUUUUUUUAUUCGGAAGCCACCCGACCCGGAUAAUGAUGUUUAUGAUUUCAGGGAGAUGUAUGUUACUCCACCGGAUACGGAUGUGUAUUCCAUUCCCAAGGUUCUGGCUCCAAUGCCUCAAAAGUAUAUUCGCUGUGCAAAGAGUGAUUAUGGCUGCUACAACGUUACAGAACCACCCAUUGAUGCACCUCGUGAUCCACUUUACAAAUCUGAGAGGGAGGUCAUGAAGGUAUUUUUGACAAAACAUUACAGGAAUCGAAGGUUGGGUGACCCAGAAUUUGUGCUAGACUUUGAGGAGAUAUAUGUGAUUGAUUCCAAGACCAAGUCAAUUACCAGAGCAAAAGUUUUGGUCACAGUUCCAGGAGGAAGAAACCGGGAUAGAAAGAGUGACCUACUUGUCAUACGUGAUAAUGGAAACUCCUUCAAAAUAAUUCAUGCGAGUGAAAAAGAUGAUCCAACAACUGUAAUAGAAAGGGAAGAGUGGGUCAAGACCAGAGAAGACAUGGAAGGACAUCUCAGAAAGCUACGAGACUUCAGCAUUUCAAAUUGGUUCUAAAUCCAAUGACAUAAUGAAAAGGUUGCUUAAUGAAGGUAAAGACAAUCAUGCAACAAGUAGAGAGGUUGUCUGGAUGUGUCAGCAUGAUAGGAAAUUGAAGUUUGAACUUGCAGAACAAAAAUUGACAAUGGAGAGCAAAAUGUCACUUCCUCGACCAAUGGUUCUCUGCGGAUGUUGUUGGCGUUAUUGGGCCUGUUCAAUUUUGUUGUAUGUUGGAGCUACGAGAGCAUGUAAUUAUUUCUCUUUGUAUAAAAUGGGGUUCAUCACUUGGACCAAUUGUUUGAGUUGAAGUUGUCAAGUGCGUGAAUCCUCAUUCCUCAAUGUCUUUUGUUAGAUUACAAAGACAAAACGUCUCCAUUUGUUUUAAGCAAGCCGUUGCGGUGCAGGAUUACUGUAAACUCUGCUGUCCUUGGAUUUUGCAACUCUUAAUCUUUUGAUCUUUUAUAAGUUUCGGCCUAGGCUUAGCUGAUAAUAAAUUGUGGGUGAUUGGAUUUUGUAUGAUCGAGGUAAUCUACUUCUUUAUCUUGAAAUUCAUCACUA